GCUCUACCGUGGUGCUGAAGUGACAACUCCUUUCUCUGGUGCUAGGGGUGCACGAGUAUAACUAGUUAGUGUAUCUUUUGUAGUUCAGUGUUGAUUUUUUUUGUAUGUGUACUGUACACGUCAUCAUCAAAAAAAGAAAAGGAUACAGACUGGCGGAAAGGAAACAGCCUAAAGUACUCUCCGUUGCACAGGAUUUAACUUUAAUACGCUUGGUAUAUAUUUUUUUCCUUGGGUAAACUUGUUUCUUAAUUGAAUCGUCAUGUUUAAUAGUGUGCAAGUGCACGGAAGUAUGCUUGAAUUAAAGAAGCCGUGCUUAGAUUUAGAAGAAGGAUGAUGUGAUAUCUGCAGUAAAGACAUUUGAGCGAAUAUGCUGGAAGCAGUGUCACUGCACACACAAAAAAAACUGGCGGAUGGCAUGAUUCGCCCCAAUAGACGCACAUAAUUUCAGAUAUUUCACCAUUUAAUACAAAUCUAUCAGUUUAUAUUCCAUUAUUAGAUUUUACCACACGUGGAUACCGAACGAAAACUGGGGGUGCUCGGUUAUUGCUUUGUCAUUAUGCGGGAUCUUAUGGGUGUUUUGAAAUCGCUGAUUUAAAGGGAUGUUGUAAUGGAAGCGAUUUGGAUUUACCAGUUCAGAUUGAUCGUAAUAGGUGACUCGACGGUGGGAAAAUCUUGUUUGCUGCGUCGUUUUACCGAGGGCAAGUUUACCGAUGUUUCUGACCCUACGGUAGGAGUCGACUUUUUUGCCCGACUAGUUGAGAUUGAACCGGGGAAGCGAAUCAAACUACAACUCUGGGAUACAGCGGGUCAGGAAAGAUUCAGGUCUAUAACGCGUUCUUACUAUCGCAACUCAGUGGGAGGACUCCUGGUUUUUGACUUGACCAAUCGGAGGUCCUUUGAGCACCUGAAGGACUGGUUAGAUGAAUCCAAGAUGUACGUGCAGCCCUUUGAGAUCGUGUUUCUUCUGGUGGGGCACAAGUGUGACGCUGGACACCAACGGCAAGUGAGCCGGGAGGAAGCCGAGAGAUUUGCGCUGGCUUGCGGGAUGAAAUACAUAGAGACCUCGGCGAAAGACGCCACGAACGUGGAGGAGUCCUUCACCAUCCUCACCCGAGACAUCUAUGAGCGAGUGAAGAGGGGGCACAUAAGCAUUCAGGAGGACUGGGAAGGUGUCAAAAGCGGUUUCAUUCCAAACGUAGUCCACUCCUCCGAGGAAGCUGUAAAACCUGGAAGGAGGUGCCCAUGCUAGCAAGUCAGACGUGAAUUGUUCUUCAGCCAAAGACCGCAAAUGCGACGGCGUGGGGUAGCUUAGUGCGCCCAGAGAAGACUGUGUGAUGUCCUGUCAACAAGCUUUUAGAUUACGCCAUCCCGGUGCAGUCCUCUUGAUCUGACCCAAGAUGCUGUUCCUGUAUUUAAUCACUUGACUUGGGUUGUAAAACAUUUCAUAAACAGUGUAAAGAAAUGCUCACCGUUGUGGUUCCCAAACGUUCAGAAUCUAUUGACUAUAAUUCCAGAACAAAUUCACUUCUUUUAGGCUAGCUGGUUUUGUUUUUCCCAUUUAUGUGCGUGCAUAUUUUGUAAAUAAACCUGAGGUUUUGGGAAAGAAGCUGCCUGAAAGACCAAUAUAGUAAAAACAGAGCAUUUUUGAUUUGUAACUCCAAGGUUGUUUUUUUUAUGUACAUUUAACAAUGCCUUUCUGUGAAUGACUGUCUAUAGUAAUGUGCCUCCCUUCAGCAAUAGGUCUUUGAAAGCAAGAAGCAUCUGUUGUGAUGUCAAUUAAAGGGCUAAGAAUGUAUUUGAACAAAGUCGCUUGUCUAGUACCAAGAGAAUAUUUAAACAAUUUGUGUUAGUGUUCCCCCUUCCCCCUUAAUUCAAAGCCAUUAGGAAGUCAUUUUAAAACCACGAAAAAAAGGUAGAAAAUUAAAUGUGUGAAAAAAUCUGCAAUCUCGGAUAAAUUUGUGUGUAAAAACAUUGAUCCUUGUGAAACCAAUUUUUAUAUAGGAAUUGUCAGUUUCAUGUGCAUAACUUUAAGAGGAUAGAGCUAUACUUUUUGGUUUGUGAGAAAAAUUGGCAGUAGGAACAAGUAAAGGUUAAUUCCAUGCUGAAAAAGAAAUAAGAACGCCAUCUCAGCAGCCUCUUUCAGAUGUGGCACUACUUGUCAAGAGCACUUUUUCCUUACUGCCUGCAGCUCACAGCACCACUUGGGUGGCUGCUGCACUACACAAUGAGGAAACCUCCCAGCCAGUGUGGAUUACACACUGCCCCUUGGGGAUUCCUAACCCAAGAUGGCUGACAGUAUCGCCAGGUUCAGACCAGCAAGAUUGGAGCCCAACUCCAAUCCACAGGAGUUGCUGUCCAGCAGGUUUUAGAAACUCUCCUUAAAAAAAAAACUCUAAAGAUGAAGGAGAGGCUUCAACUUUUCCACUUAAGGAAAACAAGGAGUCCAAUUGUUUGAAUUUAAGAGCACAGGUGGAAAGAAAACCAUAAAGCCUCUUGUCCUCCAAAACUCCAGGUUGUGCAUCUCCUGCUCUAUUAUUUGUACACUCAAGGCACCUAAAUGCAGCCUUCGACCAACAGGCUAUAGAGUGUAUCUAUCCCACACCUGAGGAUAUGUUAUUUUAAAGGGAAAUGUAUUGUUGCGCCAAUGUUAUAUUCAAAUAGGUGGAAAAAAGGGAAUUGCGUUCAGAAUGUCUCUAUCCCUUGUAAGUGCGAGAUUUAAAGCAGUGCAUUUUUGGCUUUGAGGUACGGUUUCACAGACUCCAGAAGCCCUAGUCCUAGUAUAACUUAACUUUAGGUAGCCAGAGACUAGAACUAAUGAGAAACAGGCCUAAACGUAUUUUGUGUUUUAGGACGAUGUUCGCCUACAAAGAACAAUGUUUCAGAUUCUGGGACAGUAAGAAUGAAAAUGAGAAUGUAAUUUAAGGGACUUUAAUGGCUAAUGAGAGUGCAAUGAUCCCUCAGUGUUGUAGGGACUACACUCUGUGAAUGUUGCCUUUUUGUGUCUUCCAAGGCUUGCCAAGAACGUUGCCUUAAGCAGAUGGUGUUUUUACUUGCUUGAAAACUUGCAUAAAGAAGAUAUGCAUGAUUGUGUGUUGUUCACUGAUUAGAUCAACUUUACAUUAUUGCUUAUACAAAUGUGCUUAGAUUGAGAUCAUCAUGUGACUGUAUUUAAUAGAUUACACACAACUUUAAUAUCAUUAAAAACUCUAAACCAACAGUAAUGUCUAGAGGAAAUACUACUGCCUCUGUAUUUCACAGACCACUGUUAAAUGUGCACUUUUUCUCUUUCAUGUAAAACUUUUCCUCAUUAGAUGGAAGAUGCUUUGAAUGGAAGCCAAUUAAAAAGUUAAACUGCUAUACUGUA